AUGGCGGCCGGGCGAGCGUGUGCUCUUAGCGCGGUGCUUGUGGUGGUGGUGGCGCCGCUCCUCCUGGCCGGCGUGGCGGACGCCGACUGCUUCGACUACUGCUUCAAGGACUGCAUCGCCAAGGACAAGAACAUGAUCGACUACUGCAACUACGCCUGCGACAAGACCUGCUACACGGGCGCGCCCCAGCGGCCCUUGGCGGCGGCUGCCGCCCCCGGCGACAUGGGAUGCCAGCUCUCCUGCGCCAGGACUUCCUGCCACCGUCUUGAUCCAGACCGCGAGGCCGCUGAGGCCUGCUUCGGGCAGUGCUAUGACGGCUGCAAGACCAAGACUCUGCCGAGGCCUCUCCGCGCCGGCGCCGGGAUGCCCACCACGUUAGGCCCGGUGGUCGCCGACCUUCCUUCAUCCGAGCCGGACCCGGAUGAUGCGGUCCGUGCGUCGUCAGAGGCGCCCGAACAUCAGGCGAUGGGGCCACGUACACCGUUUUCGGAGAUCCACGCUGCUCCUCCGGCGUCUGCGUAA